UUAAAUGAUGGCGGCGAAUUUGAAGCGAAAACAGUAACAAUGCGAUUAAGACUUUUUUUGGCGAUAUAGCGAACAAAAUCAAUAAAAUAUCAUUUGUUAUUGUUCUAAUAAUACAUUACAAUGUGUUGGUUGUGCUUUAACAUUUUCUAGCAUUUGUGAACUUGUUUGCCGUGGAAUGACAAUUGCCUAGGAAGUGCCAUACUGGACAUGUAGGAUGCAUAGUUAUACACAAAGAUUCCCAACAAGGGGCUUGGACCCAGACCAUAACCAAUUGUAUUUCAACCUGAACACACCAACACAGACAGAACGUGCAUCGAUCAGAUUUCGUAAGCCAGGCCCAAUCAUUGUUGAAAAAUUAGUGGAUGAUAGUAGAGCGAAUAAAGCAAGAAAUGAACAGCCUGAAACUCCUUUAAAAUUCAGCGCUGUCUCUGAAGAAAAAUUAUCACUUGCAAUACAACUUGCCAAGCGUGAUCUUAGGCAGAGGAGAUUUGAAAAACAGCACUUAGAAGAAAAUGAGGAGACGUUCAGCCAACAAAAGCAAGCCAAAGAAAAGAAAAGGGGAACAAAAAAGGGGAAAGCAGCUUCACAUCACAAAGAUGGCAAAGGAGAAAGUAACAAUAAACAAAAACAGAAUGCUGGGGUAGUUUUGCAUCCUAGGUCACACAAUGCAGGAUAUAUUCUUGAGUCCAAUCAGAAUUACAAAAGGAAUAUAAAGGGGAAUCCCAGUGUAGGACGUUCAAAAAUUGUGGCCGCACCAAGUCCUAGCAGUGGGCCAGUACAAAGAGACCAUGACAGUAAACAAGCACAGGAGAUAAAACGACUACGACAAGAACUUGGUCAUUACAUAAAAAGGAUUGAAAUGCUAUCUAGAAAAGGUCCUUCUCCAGUCAGGGACACCAACUCAAAAAGACACCAAGAGGUAGAUGAAGUCGAGGAGCAGAGAAAACAAGCAAGAGCAGCAGAACAAGCCAGCCGGUCAGCUAGACUUCUAUAUGCUUUACAACAACAGGUUCGAGAAAUCAAAGAUGAUUUAGAUCGAAUUGGACCAAAUCAGAUUCGUCACACAAAGAAGAGUCGAACACUAAAUCGGUUAGCAGCUGCACACCGUGGAGCUGUGCGAGCAAUUCAGACCUUCAUUCAACAGCUGCCCAGUGAAGGGGAGACUCCUACUGGGAGCCAUCCCCCGAUGUACCAAGAACUAGCCCUGCUAAUUAGACAGUUGUCCUUGUGUUGUAGUCAGAUGGAGAUCGGAGGAGCUGGAGUACCUGAUGGUAUUCUUGAAAUCCUUCAACAAGCUACGGAAUUUCAAAGUAAUGCUGUUGAAGAUACGCAGCCUAAAUUGACCUCUAAGACGACCUCUCGAAAACAACACAACUACCAAGGAAAUGAAUAUCCGAUGCAGAAGAAAGUCACGACCACUAAAACAAGAAAGAAAAGUGCAACUAGUACUAGAUUGUUCAUUGAAAAUGAACAACCAGUAAAAGAUGCGGAAGUUUUGGGAACCACCACAGGGAAAGUGGAUGAUACACCAGGAAGAAGAAAUUUCAACAGACUUGGCCAUGAUGUUAAUGAUAACUUGCAAGAACCCCAAGAGGUCCCAUUGACAUCGGAGAGAGAUUAUGCACUAAGAGCUAGACUUGAUGCACUCAUAAAAGCUAAAGGUGUACAGAAGCAAGGAGCACCCAGUGGUAGACCAGGGCAAGUUAGGAGCAGUACCAGACCAGGGCCAGGAUUAUAUAAUCCUACAUCUGGCAGGUAUAAUAAAACAACAAAGAAAACAAGUGUGCUUUUGCCCAUGUAUAAAAAAAUGAAAAGGAAGAAUACAGAAUCUGAGAAGCAAGCAGUUGAGGAUGUGCACUUCACCAAUGCAACCAUUGCAUCAAAAUUAAAAACACGGGAAGCUGUCAAACCCCCAAAGAAUCCCCUACCACCCUGGUCCCCUGGAGGUGUCCCAAGAAGGAUUGAUACGGAUAUGAACAAUGAGGGCAGUAUUGCUUCUGAUGAAAUGUACCAAUUAAAUUCACCCAGAUUGUCGCCCAGAGCCUCACCUCAUCAUAAUCCUAGGCAAUCCCCCAGGCAAUCUCCAAGGCAGUCACCAAGGUAUUCCCCUAGACAAACUCAAAGAUCAGCCAGACGAAAAGUGCACUUUGAAGAGGAGAUUGAUGAGGGAUUGAAUCAGUUGAGGUCUGACUUCAUGGAAAGGGAAGUGGCAAGGCAAGCUUGGUUGGAUAAGGAAACAGAAAAGAAGGUGUUGGAGCUGCAGUCAGCCAGAUCAAAAGAGAUUGACAGACUGACAGCUGAAGUCAUCGAAGAAGCAGAGGAAGCUGUAAGAAAGAAAUUCCAGCCACUAAUAGAACACCAAAAACAGGAACGGCAUCAAAAUACAGUUGAACAGCAAUUGCUUGGCAGUGGUGAAGCAAUAGAGGACGUGCUUGAUGAUGAAGCGGAGCAGCUGCAGAAGAUCAAGGAUGAGAUUCUUCUGGAGGAAAGAGCUCUGGAUUUGCAAGAGGAACCAACUCUGGAAAAACUCUUGCAACGUCUUGAGGAGAUGGAGACGGAGGAAGACAUUAUUCGUCGCCGCUUACAGAAAAUUACCUACAGCAGUUGUAAUGAGGACGUGGUGAAACAUAAAGAACAUACACCUUCAGUGAGCCGUCCUCUUGAGGAGAUGGAGACGGAGGAAGACAUUAUUCGUCGCCGCUUACAGAAAAUUACCUACAGCAGUUGUAAUGAGGACGUGGUGAAACAUAAAGAACAUACACAAGAACAUGGUGAUUCAUUGACUCUGAAAGGAACACCACUAGAUGGUGCAGAAUUGGAAAGAAUGUCUCAAGAUGUACAGGUACCUGUGGAGCAUACAUCUCUUACAUUCACCAAGAACAAGGACACCAAACUUUACAAACCUCAAGUUCACUAUAGGUUGCCUAAUUACUUAGUACCAGAAACACAAUAUACUGAGUCAGAUAGCGAAAAUACCUCAGUUAAAUCUCAGAAUACUGCGAUGCCUGAAGAUCAUUCCAAGGACUAUAAACCUAGAUAUUUUGAAUCUAGAGAAAGUGGCUCAAAUCCUGAUGUAAAAACAAGUUAUCGUAAUGAUCACAAAACAAUUACUGUUGCUUCCAGAACAGAGAGUUCCAGAGUGCUUGUGAAACCUUGCACCACUUUGUCCAUUCCAAGGGAAAGUAGGAAAAAAAUUGAAGAAUGUAGAGGGCGCUUUGAACAACAUCUCAAGAAGACCAGUCAUCAUACGUAUGGCGCCUUCAACCCAUGGAAACUUGUUGAAGAGUUGUCUGAUGAAAUCGUGAACGAGCUGUUGGAGGGCGUGUCGGAUGAGAUCAGCAACAUGACAGAAGGGUUUGUUGAAAGUAUUUACAAACGAGAAUUUGGAUCAAAUAAAUCUACAUCUUAGUGCAAUUAUCAGACUGAUGGCAACCUAUAUAUAUACUACGUUCAUGAAUUGUACAAUUUACCCGUGGGGAGGAAUGAAAAACAACUUAUAAUGCUUCAUAUUUUAAACAAUAGCAUACAAAUGCUUGGAGAGGAGUACUUCUUCCAACAAGUCACUAACUGUUUUCAGAAUCAUUAGUUUGACUAUGUUCUCAGCCAAAAAUAUGAUGCAAUACAAGAUUUUGAGUCAUGAAUGUAAAGUUAUAAAUUGGGACUAAUGAGGUUAUUUUAGAUGCAAUGUACUUUGUUUUCACAGAAAGUGUAUGAUUUUUAUUCCAAAUAAACUAUUUUAUGAUAGCAAUAUAGUA